AUGUCAAUUCCAUUACUGUUCGACGUCACCUUACCUAACGGUGUCAAAUUUACACAACCAACAGGUUUAUUCAUCAAUAAUGAGUUUGUUCCAUCUAAAUCAGGCAAAACCUUGGAAUCAAUUAAUCCAUCAACUGGUGAAGUCAAUGGAGAAGUAUAUGCUGCUGAUGCUGAUGAUAUUGAUAUUGCCGUUGAAGCUGCUCAGAAAGCAUUUAAGACAUGGAAGAAAGUCAGUGGUGUUGAAAGAGGUGAAUAUUUAUUCAAACUUGCUAAACUUUUAGAAGAAAACCGUGAAUUACUCGGAGCAAUUGAAGCUUGGGAUUCCGGUAAAACUAGAAAUACUAAUGCUGUUUAUGAUAUUGAUGAAUGUGUUGGAGUCACUAAAUAUUAUGCUGGGUGGGCUGAUAAGAUUACUGGCCAAGUUAUUCAAAAUGAUCCAAAUAAACUUGCUUAUACUGUUCACGAACCUCUUGGUGUUUGUGGUCAAAUUGUUCCUUGGAACUAUCCAUUGGCAAUGGCAUUUUGGAAAAUUCCAGUUGCUGUUGCUGCAGGUAAUACUGUUGUUUUGAAAACCAGUGAAAUUACUCCAUUGAGUAUGUUGUUUGCUGCCACCUUGAUUAAAGAAGCUGGCUUCCCACCGGGUGUCAUCAACAUUGUAUCUGGUUUGGGUCCAGUUGCUGGUGCCGCCAUGGCUUCCCAUAAGAAGAUUGCCAAGAUCGCCUUUACUGGUUCUACCGCCACCGGUAAAGUCAUCCAAAAAUUGGCUGCUGAAAACUUGAAAGCUUGUACUUUGGAAUGUGGUGGUAAAUCACCAUUGAUUGUCAGAGGUGAUGCAGAUUUGGAACAAGCUGUCAAAUGGGGUGCUGUUGGUAUUAUGAGUAAUCAAGGACAAAUUUGUACUUCUACUUCUCGUAUCUAUGUUCAUGAAUCUGUUUACGACAAGUUUAUUGAAGAAUACGCUGCUCAUGUUAAAGAAGAAUAUAAACAAGGUGAUAUGUGGGAUGAUGAAGCUGUUGUUGGGCCCCAAGUUUCCAAAAUGCAAGAAGAGAAAAUUUUGGGUUAUAUCAAGAUUGGUAAAGAAGAAGGUGCACGUUGUGUGAUGGGUGGUGAAAAAAAUACUGAAGGAGAUUUGGCCAAGGGUUAUUAUAUCAAACCUACAGUUUUUGCUGACGUUACACCAGAAAUGAGAAUUGUCAAUGAAGAAAUCUUCGGCCCGGUUGUUGUCAUUGGUAAAUUUUCAACUGAUGAAGAAGCUAUUGAAUAUGCUAACCAAACUGAUUAUGGUUUAGGUGCAGCCAUCUUCACCAAUGACAUUACUGUUGCCCAUAACAUGGCUGCUGAUAUUGAAGCUGGUAUGGUCUGGAUCAACUCUUCCAAUGAUUCUGAUCUCCAUAUUCCAUUUGGUGGUGUUAAAAUGUCUGGUGUUGGUAGAGAAUUGGGUGAAUAUGGUUUAAAUAUGUACACCCAAGCAAAAGCUAUCCAUGUCAACCUCGGUAACAGAUUGUAG